AUGGUGACAUUAAUGCCUUGUAGUUACAUAUCUGCGCCCCGGAUCUCCAUCAUUGAUAAAAUGAUAGAGAUAGAACCAAAGGGUAAAAGAUCACGCACCGAAGGACCAGAGUUAACAGAUAGGAGUCGAAACUACAACUCCACGUCAGUAUCAAGUCUGAGCUCGAGUACCACGGCAGACAGCUGCUUGCCACCGGGUAGUUCCACGCUUCAUUAUCCAACUGCUUCACACACGACAGGAUCCUACCCGUUGCUGAAUAAUAACUAUCGGCCGCUUGGAGGUUCUUCCAGCAUUCCCAGUGCGGCACACAACGGAUUUAGUUUACCGUACGCUACCGCCGUCAGCCACGGUUCCUCGUCUGGAGGCAGCGUGGCAUCUAGGUUGAACGGUGGCGUAACAUCAACUAUUACCUCUGGCAGUAGCAGUAGUGGUGGAACUGCAGCAAGCUCUUUGGAUGGAAUAUCGUCGUCUAGCGGAGUUACCAGCACUGGCAUUAGCUUAAGUGGCGCUAGUGCAUCAGCUGCAACACUGGGUCCGUCCGAGCUGGGGAUGUCUCACUGGCUGACCGACGGGACAGUCAAAUCUGAAAUUCGUAGCCCCGGAUUAGACGCAUCUAUAUCGUCUGGAAAUCUUCCUGUCGGUGCAACCCAUCUGGAUAGUUCACUAUUCUGCGCGAAUCCCAACAAUCUGGACGCCCUUCAAAGCACCGCCAACUCGUACGACAAAUCUGAGUACUACUCCUACACGUACAACAUGCAGCAAUACGCACCUUUUACGUAUUCGUCCUACGGUUCACCGUACCAGGCACGAACGUCGUCGAAAAUACCUUCACCAAAUACAUAUCUUCCGUCCAGCUACGCGGCCGCAGCCGCCAACAAUAAUUCGGCACAAAUCUAUUCGUCCUAUGGUUACAACAAUUUCGCUCAGUUUGGAACAAGCCAGCAGGACUACUACAACUACAACGAUCCGACGUAUUCACCAUACUACCAGACUGCAACUUAUCCGCCGUACGUUAGCUCACCGGGUUCCAGCGGGAGUCAGAGCUUCCAUGUGGCAGCAGGUCUAUCAGCGGAAAGUCCUUCCGAGGUACAUUCGGCCGCUACACCCACCAUGCUAGCUCAUUCUCAUUCACCGCAAUCCCCGCUGUCUAUUUCGCCCACCAUUCAGGCCGGUUCGACAGCCGCCGUAGCCGCUGCAGCCGCGGCCGCAGCAGCCAAAACCACCCCUACCGGCAAGCCGGGCAGGGCACGUGGACGUCGGCACGCGAACCCUAGCCCGACGAGAAGUUCCACCUCCGAACCGGGCGUGACGGAGAAAACACCGGAGCGAAUUUUCGUCUGGGAUCUGGACGAAACAAUCAUCAUCUUCCACUCCCUGCUAACGGGAACGUAUGCGGCCAAGUACAACAAGAGCCGAGACCAUCACAUUCAAUUGGGCUUUCGAAUGGAGGAGCUCAUCUUUAAUUUGGCAGAUGCGUUCUUCUUCUUCAACGAUGUGGAAGAGUGCGACCAGGUACAUAUCGACGACGUGUCCUCCGACGACAAUGGGCAGGAUCUGAGCAAUUACAACUUUUCUGCCGAUGGCUUCCACACCGGAACGGCCCAAGGAGCUCCACCUAAUAUUUGCCUUCCUAAUGGCGUUCGCGGAGGCGUCGACUGGAUGCGAAAGCUGGCAUUUCGCUAUCGGAAAAUUAAGGACACCUACAACACCUACCGAAAUAAUGUGGGCGGUUUGCUGGGACCCCAGAAGCGAGAGCACUGGCUGCAGGUACGGUCGGACAUUGACUUCGAGACGGACAGCUGGCAUAGCCUAACGUUGAAGUGUUUGAACAUGAUCGCCCAGAGGGAGAACUGCGUUAAUGUACUGGUGACGACGACGCAGCUGGUUCCGGCGUUGGCCAAAGUUCUGCUUUACGGUUUGGGGCAGAUCUUUCCCAUAGAGAAUAUUUAUAGUGCAAAUAAAAUAGGUAAGGAAUCCUGCUUCGAACGAAUCGUGACCCGGUUCGGUCGCAAGAGCACGUACGUCGUGGUUGGUGAUGGUCAGGACGAGGAAAGCGCUGCCAAAAAUCUCAACUUUCCAUUCUGGCGGAUAUCCAGCCACAGCGACAUCCGAUCACUGCAUACAGCCUUGGAAAUGGGAUUCUUAUGA